UUUCACCACCGCGGUGCUUGUUAUUUGUAAACAAAGACUUCCCCCAAAAAGGCACCCAAAACCACGCACGAACGCACGCACGCAGCAAUGGAAACUCCUGUGUAUAAAUUCGAACCACACGAUUACGAUACGGUUUACGAACCAGCGGAAGAUACGUUCCUCCUGCUAGACGCACUAGAAGCCGAGCUCGACACGAUAAAAGCACGCCAACCCUCCCUGUGCGUAGAGAUCGGUCCCGGCAGCGGUGUGGUUAUUGUCGCACUGAGCAAACAUCUUCCCGCCGGGCAGACGCACUGCAUCGGGUUCGACCUAAAUCCGAACGCAUGUCGAAUGACCCAAAAAACUGCCCAUUUAAACGGCUCCCGGGUGGAUGUUGUAAAUAUGGACUUACUUGCUGGACUACGGCCGACGAGUGUCGAUUUACUCGUGUUCAAUCCACCGUACGUGCCGACGCAACCAGUCGCAACUACCGCACAUGCAACAGCCUCGCUGGAAGAACACAUCGAUGAGUUUCGCUCUUCGGUGGACGUUGGUCAAACGUUGGUUCACGCCUGGGCCGGCGGUGCUGAUGGGAGAGUCGUAACGGACCGGGUGCUGGCCGACCUGCCGAGGGUUCUCUCACCCACCGGGCUGUUUUACCUGUUGCUGCUGAAGGAGAACAAACCGGAGGAAGUGUUAGAGCAAAUUAGGGGAAUGAAUUUACAGGGUAGCAUAAUUAAGGAGCGAAGGAUACGGGGGGAACAUCUUUAUGUGGUGAGGAUCGAACGAUCGGAGAGGAAAUGAUACGGAAAGGAUGAAAGUUAUAAACACUGUGAUAAGAGAAAAUGAAGGUUUCUCCAAGCAAAGAUGCUUUAGUAGAAAGCAAAUAAAUGAACCCCUUUCUAUCACUCAUA